CGGAAUCAAUACGACGACCGUCGAGUCCGAGCCUAAAUCAUAACAGUCACGUAGUCAAUUUUCCAACCCUCACACUUGCACAAUAAAAAAAAAAAUAUAAGUCUCGAAGCAAUUUCCGUUCACAUUUGCUCAUUCAUUUUUGACCAUGUCGGCUCACAUAACUGAAAAGCUUGGCCUCCUUGUUGGAGGUGCUGCUUUGGGAGCCGUGUCGUUUGCUGCAUACCAGAAAAUGCAAGCAAAGCCUGCAGCUGUCACCCCCGCUGUUAUAUCCGCCCCUGUGCCUAGACCGCCAGUAACAGGUUCGGCCGUACCUAAUUCCUCGCUCGACAAGUUGGAGAAUGCUAAGCGCAUAAUGCCAUUUGGUUCUCCAGGUCCUAUCAACGACCUGGUGUACCGAAACGCCUAUGUUACGUCCUACAACCGUAGAGACCGCAAUCCAAACUGGGUAGCCGAGCAUAUGACUGCUGAAUCUCUCUCUCGAGGUAAAGGUGUAGAUCGAUCCAACUCGACGUUCAAGGAAGACGAUACGAUUCCAGCUCAAUUCCGUGCUAGACUCAAUGACUACUUCAAGUCUGGUUUUGAUCGUGGCCAUAUGGUUGCAGCAGCUGAUGUCAAGAACUCACAAUUAUCGAUGGAUGAAACCUUCUAUCUUACCAACAUUGCUCCCCAGGUUGGCGAAGGGUUUAACCGUGACUACUGGGCCCAUCUUGAAAACUUUUGCAGAACUCUCACAAAGAGCUUUCAAGACGUCUACGUCUACACUGGCCCUCUUUAUCUCCCUCAUCGGGAAGCCGAUGGGAAAUUCUACGUGAAAUACCAAGUCAUUGGAAACCCUCCCAACGUUGCUGUGCCUACUCACUUUUUCAAGGUCAUUUUGACCCAUAAGAAUGGCAACUACAGUGCGGCAGCCUUUGUGUUGCCCAAUGCCCGUAUACCUGAUAGCACACCACUCGAAGCGUUCCGUGUGCCUAUUGAUGCUGUUGAACGAGGUGCUGGUCUUACCUUCUUCAAUGGCAUGGGUGAAGGCAAGAAUGGUUUGAGGGACCUGUGCAAAGACACUCAAUGUAAGAUUGUUUUGAGCAAGUAUCACGAGGCCCAGAAGAAAGCUUUACCUGCGCCAUAACCAGCUGACAUGAGCGCC